AACGGGAACCGAAAAGUGAAAAAAAAUAAACUUUUUUGUUAUCGAUCGGGCGUCGUGUGAAAAGUGAAAAUUCGAGUGUUUUUCCGGGUAAUUUCGGUUCGCGGCGGGUUCGUGACGCGUGAAAAUGCAACGGUCCGUUGGUGAGGAAUCGGAAGGUGGUGAAAACGGCGAGGAAAAUACGUCGGAGAGCAACCCAAACGGAGUGAAUCUUUUCUUUGGGGGCAGUUCGGAAUCCCAACCCGGACAGAGUGUGGACUAUAGUGCAAAUGUAGUCAAUCAGCAGAAUCUAUCCCUAUCGGAGCCACCAUCGCUGUCAGAUGGUCUGUCGUCCGUAGGAGGUUCGAGUGAUUCAACUAGCAUAAUUACAAAUGUUCGGAAUUCAAUUAAUCUAACCAGUACCCCUAAACUGAGCUUGGAUCGCAACUCGAAGACCGAUUCCCAGCUACAGUUGGCAACAGCCCAGAGUGGUGGUAAUGCCACAGGUCCUGGUCCUGGCGGUGGUAGUGGAGAUGGAAACAUAGCGGACGAAGGGGACACUGUGACGAUAAUAGAAAAUCCUUCCAACAUUGAAGUUGAAUCCAUAAAAUCACCGCUAGCCAGCAAUACGAAUACAUCUGUAAGAUUGAGUCUGCUUCCUUGGAAUACGCAUAACCGAUCAUCCGUUGUUCCACCUAGCGUUUCGGUAGUAAUCGAUAUGAUGGCCAACAGUGAUGGAACUAUGCGGCCUGGAGAGAUUGUUAUGCGGACAUUGUUUGCUGACUUUACAGUGCAAGCAGAAAAAAAGAUAGAAACCGUUAUGCUCGAAAGCACUGAUAAGACAUUGGCCAAGUUGCUGCAACGAGGGGAGGAUUAUCAGUUUGAUCAGCUUCUGCAGGCACUGGGGUCCGUUGCUGAGCAUUGUUUGCCAUCUCUGCUGAAAGCGUUACUGGCAUGGCACUGGCAUCAAAUCUGUGAUGGUGAUAUCAAACGCGAUUUUAAGCGCAUGGAAACCGAACGUCAAUCUGGAACUGCUAAACCCGGUAACGAUUUAGAAUCUCAACUGCAACGACGGGAGGCGGCUGUCGAAUUUAUCUUCUGUUUAGCGUUGAUUGAAAUUCUGCGACAAUUCCCAUUCCACCCAGGUCAUGACGAUAUUGUGAAGAAUAUCGAAAAUCUCGCUUUCCGCCAGUUCAAGUACAAAGAAGGUGUCCAAGGUUCACCGAAUGCACUGUACAACCAUAUUAUAGCAGAUCUGUAUGCAGAGGUCAUUGGUGUAUUGGCCCAAAGCCGCUUUGCUUCGGUGAAAAAACGGUUCAUGACGGAGUUGAAAGAGCUUCGUAGCAAAGAACCAAGUCCACAUACCACGCACAGUAUUAUCAGUUUGCUAAUGGGAAUGAAGUUCUUCCGCGUUAAAAUGGCUCCGAUUGAGGAGUUUGAAGCAUCGUUCCAGUUUAUGCACGAGUGUGCUCAGUAUUUCCUUGAGGUAAAGGAUAAAGAUAUCAAACAUGCGAUGGCUGGUCUGUUUGUGGAAAUCCUAGUUCCUGUAGCAGCGGCCGUAAAAAAUGAAGUCAACGUACCAUGCGUGAAGAACUUUGUCGAUUUGCUCUACUCCCAAACUUUGGACGCGUGCACCAAAUCAAAACACAAGCUAGCUCUCUUCCCUCUGGUCACAUGUUUAUUGUGUGUGUCGCAGAAAUCUUUCUUCCUUAGCAACUGGCACUGCUUUUUGGCCAUGUGUCUGAGUAACCUGAAGAAUAAAGACCCAAAAAUGAGUCGAGUGGCUUUGGAAUCGCUGUAUCGGUUGCUGUGGGUGUAUAUGAUACGAAUCAAAUGUGAAUCGAACUCGGCCACCCAUUCGCGGCUUCAAAGUAUAGUAAAUUCUCUAUUUCCUCGUGGAUCAAAAGCGGUCGUUCCUAGGGAUACUCCACUGAAUAUUUUUGUGAAAAUCAUUCAGUUCAUAGCUCAGGAACGGUUAGAUUUCGCUAUGCGAGAUAUCGUGUUUGAGUUGCUUUGUGUUGGACGACCAAUUAAAAUCAUCAUGACACCGGAGCGGAUGAGCAUCGGAUUACGAGCGUUUCUGGUUGUGGCUGAUUCAUUGCAGCAAAAGGACGGUGAACCACCGAUGCCCCGGACGGUCGGUGUGUUGCCAUCCGGCAAUACUCUUCGUGUGAAAAAAACAUACUUGAACAAGAUGUUGACAGAAGACACUGCUCGCAGUAUUGGAAUGUCCAAUUAUUUCCCUCAUGUUCGAAGAGUGUUUGUGGAUAUCUUGAGGGCUCUCGAUAUCCAUUGUGGAAGACCACUUAUGAUGACUAUAAAUCAAAAUCUGAACAAAGAACCGGACGAAAUGCUGACUGGUGAAAGGAAACCUCGAAUCGAUCUGUUCAGAACUUGUGUUGCUGCCGUGCCGAGAAUAAUCCCAGACAACAUGACCGGUCAUGAACUGGUGGAUAUGCUUUCCAGGCUAACAAUUCACAUGGAUGAAGAACUUCGGGCAUUGGCGCACCAAUCGUUGCAAACUCUGGUAGUAGAUUUUCCCGAUUGGCGUCAGGACGUGAUUCAAGGCUUCACUCAGUUCCUUGCACGAGAUGUGGUUGACACAUUCCCGCACCUAUUAGACAACGGGCUGCGAAUGUUGUUCGCGUUUCUAACGGUUUGGAAAAAUGCUCUCAAUAACAGUGGAACCAGCAAUAGCAACAACAACACACUAAACUCGAAAUCCUGUUCAAAUACAACGGCAGCACAACGCUUUGCCUCACAUCAGCAACAACAACAACAGCAACAACAGUCACAACAACUUGAUUUGAGCGUUCCCAAGUUACAGCCUCAACAGACUGCAUCCUCGUUAAAUGCAGCGACAAUAAAUUCCAACUCAAGUGGAAGUUCCGGAAUUUCGUCGAUAACGCAAACGACCACAAUCCCGGCGGUUGGUGGUACCGAUUCCAGUGGGCAUGGUUCGGCGUCAUCCGGUAGUAAAAAAGGACAUGAGGUUCCGCUUGCUACCACUAUGCACAUGGUGGAGGGGUUGGCAUUGGUUAUGCUGUGCAAUUGUCGCCCAGCACCGCGUAAAUUCGCAGUCAGUAUUCUGAAAGAGGUGAAAAUUCUGAUGAAAGCUCUUGGUAUUGUGGAAAAUGAGCCACCCCUGAUCGAUGUUAUUGAUAGGUGCUGCCCACAGGUUCUCGAGAAAUGUCUUCAUAUGCUUCCACAGGCCGACAGGACUGCGAUGUUGAACGCCAAUGUAAUAGAUCUGCAAUGGAUCGUGGACCGCAAUAGUGGUGUGUGGACGGUCGGUCACAUUGAGGAUUCUGCGAAAGCCUCGACGCUUACCCUAUGUCAUUCGCAGUCCUCCGGUCAAACGUACGAUCCAUGGAGUGUUUGUUUGUUCGGGUUCAUGGAGCGUCAACAUGUCCUACAACACUGUCCGACGGCGGUGGCACAGGCGUGGCCGAUUUGCUACCAACGAGUAACGAGUUUGUUCAACGUGAUUGAUCCGACUCCCGUCAGUGACAACCGUGCUUCGUUGCUGCGAAGCUCUGCACCUCCGAAGAAGCCAAUCUCCGAAGCUCAACGGGAUUGGCUGGCACAUCUGUGGAAGAAUCAGGUAGCAUUAGCUAUGCGACUCGUUCCACAAAUGCCCAGUGUAGCGGUUCGCUGUGCUUCGCCGGAUCUCAGUUUAAGUCUGCAUGACCAGUCGGAUUCCCGUUCGCUGUCCGACUCGUUGGACAACAUUCCGUCAUCCGUGUUUGGACCAGAAGGAAUCGUAACACGUUUCACCUUACCUCUAUCCUAUGGCCGCAAAGACGCCAGACAUAAGAGACAAGGCUCAUCGCCGGAUUCAUUGUCCGCGGAUCGCAGCGACAAGUCCAGUGGUACAGCCGCAUCACCGGUGGCUCUUUACAAGCUUGUCAUACCGUUGCUACGGUGUGAAGUAACCGACAUCCGUGAUGCUGCUGUAAACGCGCUUGGAAUGAUCAACCAUGAUGCCCUGAAAGAUUUGAUGGAGGAGCUGGUGGUGUACAUUCGCGAGGCAAUUGACCGCAAGCAAGAGAACAUGCGUCGUCGACGGCGUCGUGACGCUCUACGUCUUCAGUUGGUCAGAGUGUUGGAGAAAAUUGUCGAAAAUGGCACUUUCGGUAUUAGUCCUUUCGUUCUGGAACGGGAAAGCAUGUCGCUUCAUCCGACGUUCGUCGAGUACAUCGAUGGCGCACGGCUGUACCUGGAGGCAGAAACGGAUAAGGAUAAUAGCAGCAUGCGUGAAGUGAAAACUCAUUUCUGUGAUUUCAUUCGGAAGAUGAUUAAAAACUUUUCGCUGGAGUCAUGCGCCACGUUACUUUCGCGUGAGUUGAAGCGGAAUUUAGUUAAUUUAUUCACUUCUUGGAGUGGUUCAUAUUCAAUACCAUUUGGUAACACAACCGGAACAAGUCAUCAAGCAGUUAACAGCAGCACUAUCAGCAACAUUUCUGUUGACGAGGAAAAGUUGCAGUACAGUGCCUUACUGGCAACUUCCGCUUUGCUUUGCUGUGGCCCCUGUUUCGACCCGAGCCUGCUGGCUGAGGAUGGUGCGAUUUACAACUGGCUUGAUAUGCUGAUGGAAUCUAAGGAUGAGAAGAUCUAUGACUUGGCGAAAGAAACGGUAGUGCUGUUGCUCGAAUCCAAUCCAGACAUUGGCCAGCUGCUGGAGUGGGUUAUCGAUCGAUGCUACACGGCUUGUCCUCGGGAAGCCGAUGCUUGCUUUCUAACGCUAGCUAUCAUCUUCAGUGCCCGAGAGUACCCGUGUGACCACUACACAUCCGUUAUCAACGUCACGCUACUGAUGACCGGAUGUCCGCGUGUGGAAGUCCAUUCGACCGCACUCCAGCUGUUGCAGAUAUUGGAUAAGCGAUUCUUUGGCAACGUUGGUCCGCUCCAGUCCGAGAACGAUAGAGAACUGGACAAAGUCGGUACAUUGGAUGCUAUUUUGAGCGGUGCGUACUGCAGAUCACAGAUGUAUCUCUCGAGGCAGAUGGCCAGGCUGCGGCCCGAACUGACAAUGUCAAUGUUUUCUGAAAUAACACAUCGUUUUCAGACGGCUCGCUCUGAAGUUCGUGCACUGCUGCUACAGUGCUUGCUACCUUGGCUGGAAAACGUGGAACUGGUCGCGUCUAGUGUUCCACCAGCGACACCGCUUUCCUACAUUAUGUAUUAUCCUGACUCGGCGACACGUGGCAGACGAGAAGGCUCCGGAUCGACGGAGGCGACCGAGAUGAUUUUGAACAACUUGUUCUACAUCACCGCCAAGUUUGCUGACUCACAUCCGUACAUCGAAGAACUAUGGGGAACAUUGUGCCAAUUUUGGCCUAAUAAUCUCAAGGUCAUCCUCCGGUACCUAUUGAUUAUCUCGGGUAUGGCUCCCAACGAGCUGCUGGCCUAUGCAAAGCGAGUUGCACUGUACUUGGCCCGUUCCUGUACCAACCGACUGCUGGAUGAGUUGAUGAGCGAACUGCAAACCGUAGAAACGCUGAAUUGUCUAAUUGAGCGGACCGAGACUCCUCCGUUCUACCGGCUAACGAGCAUGCGGAAAGCCUCCAGUCAUUCUGACGGUCCAGCUUCCGGUAACAACGAUUCCAAAGUACAAGAAAUUGGCGUUGAAAAAGGGACAAUCCAUACCAAGCGACACAGCGGGGAAGAUCCGAUCAAGUCGGGUACAUGUAAAUCGGACAGUGCUUUACGCACUUUCGCCAACAGCUAUCGCCCUCCGAGAGGAAGCGAUAAAAUUCGUACUGCAUCCGGGCCGUGUGUGCUCCCCCGUCACGAAGACGUAAUGCUGAUGAACGAAACGGAAAUGAACCAGGAGGAUAACUUUGCCCAACUGAGGAACAAUGGACAGCCAACGGCCCCACAUCCGCUGCCGAUGCCCGAGUACGGUGGCUACUUUGCUCCGUUGACAGAGUUUUUGCCAGAUGCGACCAGCCCCAUCAGUGGAUUCCAUCGGUGCAAUGUAGCCGUAAUGUUACUAACAGAUAUAGUGGUGGACGGAAUACCCGGACUGGAUUGGACGUUGCAUGUACCGCUUAUGUUGCACAUUCUAUUUCUUGGACUGGAUCAUACACGGCCGAUUGUGCGAGAGCACUGUAAAAAAUUGCUGCUUAAUUUAUUGAUUGUCCUCGCUGAGCACAACGACCACUUGAACGUAGCGAAAAUCUUGCUGAACAGCGACACAUUUAAGCUUCGAUUAGGGUUAAGCGUUCCAUCGCUACCCGUUAUUGAUCAUAAUUUCACCGAACCGGAUCAAGAAUUUGACAGCUAUCUGUUCGGUUUAAAUAGUAACGUUCCCCAGUGUACUCUUUCGCCCGCUUCAAACCAACCAAACGAAGAAAUCCCCGUCCCAACGAUCAUCACUGAAGAGAAUGCACCUCCCCAGCCGGGUCCGACGAUGCCUACGGCGCAUGUCAUCAAAAGUCUUAUUAAGUUCCUCUCCCAUGACAGCGCUCAGCCGCUGUGGAACUACGAGGAUAUCACCGCGAAGGUGUGGACUAUUAAGUCGGCGGAACAGUUGCAGUGCUUCCUUCGGCAUAUCGUGAAGGUGUUCUCUGACAGCUAUUCUCACGCGAGAAUCGCCGAACGGUGGGCACAGACGGCGUUGCAGUUGGGGCUUAGCUGCUCCUCACGUCACUAUGCCGGACGUAGUUUGCAAGUGUUCCGCUCGCUCAAUGUGCCGAUCAAUUCGCGCAUGCUGAGCGAUAUUCUAUCGCGGCUGAUCGAAACAGUUGCCGAACAGGGAGAGGACAUGCAGGGUUACGUCACGGAACUGUUGCUGACCCUCGAGGCUGCUGUCGAUAGUUUAGAUUCGGACUUUAGACCGCUGGAUGUGAUGAAGGACAUAUUUAAGAGUACACCGAACCUGAACAACAAGGAUGGGGCUAUUUCGAAUGUAUAUGGGAACAAGAGAUCGAGUGAUGGCAUACCAGGGUCUCCUCAAACCAUGAACAACAUGCUAACUGGAGGGCACACUCGAAGCACAAGCUAUUCUAUUUCGUAUUGCUCGCGAAAGGCAGCAAAUUCACCAAUCGAUAAGCAGGUUGAACUACGCAAUCGAUCCAACGUUCUGGAACUGGAGCGUAAUUCCAACAAAUUUGGGUCUUCUCUAUCCAGGUCACGAAGCGCACAAAGCUUGAAACUGCUGGGUGACACAGCUACUCAGGACGACAAGAUGACCAUUUUAGCACAAUUGUUCUGGUUGGCAGUUUCUCUACUGGAAAGCGACUACGAGCACGAGUUCUUGCUAGCACUGAGAUUGUUAACGAGAGUGCUUCACAGGCUCCCAUUGGAUCGCCCAGAUGCUCGCGAUAAGGUGGAGAAACUACAACAACAGCUAAAGUGGUCCACAUACCCAGGAAUGCAUGCCCUUCUUCUGAAAGGUUGUACCCAUUCCAUAACCUAUGAACCAUCGAUUGCAGUACUCUCGCAGUUGUCACCUCUUUUGAAUCUACCAGUUUGCGAUCCAUCUCAGAGUUGCGCCUUCCCGAUGAAUGUGAUCGCUUUGCUUCCGUACAUGCUGCUACACUAUGAAGAUGCUAAUGAAAUCUGUAUCCGAAGUGCGGAAAAUAUAGCACAAGUUUCCUCCGAAAUGGGACUGAAGUUGGAAAAUCUCGGAACGGUCAUGACUCUGUACAGUAGGAAAACCUUCAGCAAGGAAUCGUUCCAGUGGACAAAGUGUGUUGUCAAAUAUCUGUACGAUACGUAUGCUCACAUGGGAUUGCACAUGUUGGCAUUUUUGACCGAAGUCAUAGAGAAAGGACCGAGCCAGAUCCAUCUGCAGGUGUUGAGUGUGAUUCAUUGCAUGCUGCACUACAUCGAUCUCUCAUCGGUACAGGCACAACCAAUAGCUGGAGAUCUGCUGCGAGUUAUUUCCAAGCAUCUUGAUAGCCCCAACUGGAAGGAAGCAUUAAAAAUUCUUAAAUUGGUCGUAACACGUAGCUCCAGUCUCCAAGUGGUACCACAAUCAACGGAAAGCAGCUCAUCCUACGCUAAUUUCCACGGUAGCUAUAGUGAUUCGGAAGUGUUCUGCAAAAAGGAACUUGCUGGACGUACAAUGGAGUUUUCCUUUGAUGUAUCGCAAACUCCACUCAUUGGACGCAAAAUUCUGCUCAAAUCUGAAGGUGAUAGCAGCUCUGCACUGGCACAAAACUCCAAGAACGGCCCCUCCGGUGCCCCGGGCAAUGCUCAUUACGGUCACGCUGGAACUCCAAAUUCUCCCCGCCGCAGUGCAAGUUUGUCGCCGGCAGAUACGGCACCCCUCAGCGGUUGGAAACGCCCCUGGAUGUCACAGGGACGAGUACGUGAGUGUUUGGUGAAUCUGCUUACCACCUGCGGACAGCGAGUCGGGCUACCGAAAAGUCCAUCGGUCAUCUUCAGCCAAUCAUCAGAUCUGCUCGAACGUCAGUCGUCCGCUGCAUCCAGCACGGAUGAAACCUCCGGGGCCCAGCAGGACCUGAGUGGUGGUUCCAAACGGGACGAUGGUCCACCGGACUUUGGAGUGUUCAAGGACUUCGAUUUCCUCGAAUAUGAAAGUGAAAGUAUCGAAGGUGAAUCCACCGACAAUUUCAACUGGGGAGUCCGACGAAGGCCUCUUUCGGAAGGUGACAGCGAACCACUUUCUGGAACCAAGACACACUCGAAUUUGGACGAGAGUUUGAGUGAGAAGACUCCGGUUCUGAACCGUCGGAAGAGACUGAACGCUGAUGAUUCCAGCGAUGAAGAAGUUGAGUCUGAAUCACCGCUAGAUGAAGAACAGCGGCCGAUAUUUUCCAAGACAUCGUAUCUCAGUGGACCGCCAACGAGUUUGAGUUUGCGAGAACGGAGACAUCGUAGAGACUCGGUGUCUCGCAGUGAUACCAGUGGAUCUAGUGCUGGCGAUCUGGGAGACAUUACACCAUGUAACGCUUCGCCUCACAUGCCAGGCUUAUUAUCGUUCCGUGCUCCGAUUCGGGACGAAAGUGAAGAGGUAUGGAGAAGGAAUUUGGUUGGUUUGUUGGUUAAUCAACCAUCAGGUCAUGCACCAGAUUUGCUUAAUCAGUUGUUCAAAUUAAUCAAGGAGCUAUCGUAUCGAUCAAUAUCGAUAUCGAAGGAAUGCAUGCGAUAUUUCACUGGAACUGGGGUUCAACUAGGUCAUCGUAUUUCGGUACUCUCUGAUUUGCUAUCCUCUAGAGGAGAACCCCCGAAAAUAUGGUACCAUCAGAAUUUGGUCACUACUCCUAGACUGUUUGAAAAUUUGAGAUACGGAGUUUUGGAGGUUCAGGAACAUCUUGAAACAUUUUUCGACAGAAAAGAUACUGUUCUCGACAGUUUAGAUGCGGUGAAAACAUCCUGCAAGUUGGCUCUGUUUACAACUGAUAUCGACUCUGCAAACGAAGGUACUGGUUCAAAUCUCAUGACCACUAUAUCCGUUGACCCAGCUACUACCGAACUGCUGCUUGAUCUUGGUCGUGGUUUAUACAAACUGAUGUUCCAGUUGCUUCUGCUAAUUGAAUCGGAUCAUAAAAUUGCAAUUAGCGUCGUGCAGAACCUCAGACAGAAUGAAAAGAUGCAGGACCUUUCCAAUUUGUACGUAUCGGUCCGUGGAGCUCUACUUCGAUGCAUCGAUGAUGCUGAAAUGGAAUCGUUGGACACAUCCACGUCAACAGAAGGUGAAAACACUCCUACACCAUCCCCGGGACUACCGAUGAAUAAUUGUGAAUUCGAAAAUAGUCUGAUUGAGCUGAUUGACAACCAAAGAUGGUCGGCAGCCAUAAAUCACGUCAAGCAGCACAAACAAAUGUCAAAUCUAUCGUCAUCGAAUUACAACCUUUCCGGAACGAGCGGUGGAAGUGGCGCAAGCGGUGGAUUGCAACUUGAUACGAGCUUCGGCGGUAACUCGAGUGCGGAAUUCAGAUCUAUCGAUGAUUUAUCAAUCAUACUGAAUAUCUACUCGCAAAGACUGACGAAGGAGCGGAAUGAUGUAUUUAUUGCGUCUCGCUCCGAAAUCGAACUGAGUGAAAUUUAUCAAAUAUUGAUGGAGAAUCUGCUGCAUGUGUCGUCCGCUUUGUCCAACAUGGAGAUAAGCAUGAAGACUACCAAUAACACGAGCUCGUCAUCGUCGACGAUAACCACAAUGACGACCAUUCCAGCAGUCAUUGGUAGUAUGCCGCUUCCCCCGGGAGUGGGUGGUGGCCCAGGCAACGGAGGUUCGAUAGGCACUGCUAUGCAACCGCCCCAACUUGGACCAAUCAUUGCAGCGACGAAUCCGUUCAAAGAUACUGUUGACAUCAUAACCACUCUAUAGAGUGAACAGAAGCCAGAUGAGAGUGUCAGCGAGAAAGUUGUCAAUAAUUGCUAGUAAUUUGUAUCGGUUUGUCGGAUAUAAUUUAAUUUAUUACGCCACGUUCCAUGUGAUGGACGCCGCGAAUUGCGGGUAAAGAAAUAGACAACUGGUACUGGUAAGAAUAUGGCAACAUUUUGUCCAAUGAUGAAUAUGAUAGGCUGAGUAAUGAUUCAUAAUGUAGUAGCUAAUUAGAUUAUACGUAGGUAUUUUAACUUCACUAAUUGAGAUUAGCAUUCAGUGCCUGGUUUGGGGAUCCGUGCCUGUAGAAAAGACACACGCGCUCGUGUAGCUGGAAGUAAAAUUUGAUGACAUUUCCGUUUGAUGAUUCUUCGCUCUCCCCAGGCGGUACGUAGAUAUAAACAUAAUUUGAAUUUUCUGAUUACAGAAACUAUAUACGUAUAGUGUGGUAACAUUUUAGCCAUUAAGAGAUCCUUGAAGUUUUACGAAUAAAAGCAGUAUGAGUGCACUGCACAUGUAAA